GAGACGGUCAGACGACGAUGCCGAUUGCGCUGCCGAUUCAAAGCAAAGAGGCUUUGGAUAAUAAUUUUCGUCAGAGGUCGAAAUGUAUGAAACGAGUGAAGAAAUACGAGGGAUUCGAUACCACUGACGCGAGAUAUGGUCCUGAACUUCAAAAAUCCAUCUGUGAUGAAAGGUGGUCACCAUGUUGUACCUUAGUCCGCCUUUAUGCUAGGAUGGGCCUUCAUCGUUACAAUUUGCUUCAGGGUAAGAAUUUACAGCUCAAUCGCGUAAAGAAAUACAAUAUGAGUACGCAUUCUGCUGCUUGCAAUUACUACAUUACUUUGGUUGCUAUGGAUCCUGCUCGCAGCAAACUUUUAAAUUUCCAGACUAAAGUUGGUGAAGAACGGUUUGGCAAGUUUAUUUUGACGUCCGAUAUUGCUAGACCUCGAGGGGAAAACACUGAGGAUGGAUCGUUGAUAACUGAACACUAUUUCUACGUCAAAGGUAGCUUGCCUACGUGCCCCCCGGAGGAUCUUUUCCAAAAUAGUAACCGGUUUUACGUGGUGGAGGAAUCAGAGCUGCAAGUCAAUGACUGGAUUCGUCUCUAUUUGGAACUUGCAGUUGCCACAACUCAUAGGAGCACUGGUAGAAAUCAUGAUCUAUCCGGCUUGAAGAUUAUGAAAGUGGCCAUAGAUACUUGUGAAGAUGUACCUAAUGAGGCAUCACAAAAUGCCAUUAAUGCGAUUGUCUACAUAAGGUACAAGGACUUUUGUGAGUCUCGGGUUGGUAAGGAUGUUGAUCGCAUAGCUAUUGUUAAACGAAGCUUCAAUGAGCGUAAUGGAUGCUUCAUUCUCGAGGGUCAGAAUGAGGUUAUCAAAUCCUAGGUGGCCCAUGGCAUUCAAAAGCUGUAGCUUUGGCUUGGCUCGUCCUCUGCACAAGAAAAUAUGGAUCUUAUAAAUAAACUAUUAAUGGUCAAAUAAGUUACUUUUUUCCGUUUGGAUUGUUAAGGUAACUUCCGUGGUGGGGUGUCUUGUUUUCGAAAUCUCCCUCUCCUUGUAUAAUUUAACAUAGGGAAAACCCCGCUUUAUUUGAUAUUUGCAAGAAAAACUACUUGAACUUUGCAUAAAUUUCCAUUCC